GCGGCGGCGGCGGCGGCAGUAUCCAGAGCAUCAGCAGUCUCGGCAGCAGCCCGGUAGCCUCGGGCGGGGCCGGCCGUCGGACCGACAGACAGAGGUCGCCGGGGGCGAGUGGCCUGGCCUCCCAGGCCGGCCAUGGAGGGCUCCUCGUUCGGCGCGGGCCGCGCGGGGGCCGCCCUGGACCCCGUGAGCUUCGCGCGGCGGCCGCAGACCCUGCUGAGGGUCGCGUCCUGGGUGUUCUCCAUCGCCGUGUUUGGGCCUAUAGUCAACGAGGGCUACGUGAACUCCGACAGCGGCCCGGAACUUCGCUGUGUCUUCAACGGGAAUGCGGGCGCCUGCCGCUUUGGCGUCGUGCUGGGACUCGGGGCUUUCCUAGCCUGCGCCGCCUUCUUGCUGCUCGACGUGCGCUUCCAGCAGAUCAGCAGCGUCCGCGACCGUCGCCGCGCUGUCCUCCUCGACCUGGGCUUCUCAGGUCUCUGGUCCUUCCUGUGGUUCGUGGGCUUCUGCUUCCUCACCAAUCAGUGGCAACGCACCGCGCCAGGACCCGGCACCACACAGGCUGGGGAUGCUGCACGGGCUGCCAUCGCUUUCAGCUUCUUCUCCAUUCUCAGCUGGGUGGCGCUCACCGUGAAGGCCCUGCAGCGGUUCCGACUGGGCACCGACAUGUCACUCUUUGCCACAGAGCAACUGGGCACUGGGGCAGGCCAGGCCUACCCUGGCUACCCGGUGGGCAGUGGUGUGGAGGGCACCGAGACCUACCAGAGCCCGCCCUUUACCGAGACCCUGGACACCAGCCCCAAAGGGUACCAGGUGCCUGCUUAUUAAUGGCUGGCAGGUGCAGGCAAGGGCUCGAAAGCCACCCUACCAAUUCAGGCCCUAUGGCCUCCUGGGACCGCCCUCAGGUUCUGCCCAUACAGCGCCAGGGACAUGGGGGAUGGCCACUGUGGGCUUCCAUUGGCCAAGCAGAUGGAGCCCCUCUGGGAUUCCUCAGCUGUCCCCACCGAGCCCCUCUAGCAAGAGGGUCCAGACCUGAGAUCCUGCAAGAGGGCAGCACAGUUUGGGGUGGGCUGUGGAAGAAGAGGCAGUCCCUUCAUGGGCCAGGUAACCUGGGGCUUACCUGUCUAUUCCAAGGUCAGAGGUCCAGCUACUCUGCACAGCCUGGUGCUGGGCUUCCCAGGACCAGAGGUAAGGACACUAACCUCACCUUAAGGCCAGAGAUUGUGGCCAUUGUUCCCCAUCCCCAGUCCUUACGGAUAGUGACUACCUUUGCUGCUGUCUUGGUUUGCCUUCUCUGGAGCCUCCCUCCAUUUCCACUCAUAGACUCUAGAGCAGCCUGAUCUGUUAAUGUUGUCGUGAUUGUGGUCAAGUCUUCUGGUUUCAUCUCAUAGUACCCCAUAAGCUGCCCCUCUCUGUGGGCCAUUCUGGCCAGGAAGGUACAAGACAGCUGUGGGUCUGGGCAACAGCCCUUCAGUAAGACCCUGCUUGGGCUGGGGAUGUAGCUUAGUGGCAUAAGCGCCUGCCCAGCAAGUGCAAGGUCCUGAGUUUGAUUCCCAUUACCAAAAAAAGAAAAAGACCCUGCCUAAGGGAAAAGUGGAAUACCUGGGUGCCAGGCAAGACAAGCUUCUCAUAAGGAAAGAGUCCUGGAGCUUCCACCUGCCAACAGUGCCCCUGGAGACAGCCAUUCCUGCAAACUGUCUUACCUUGGCUUCCUGGACCAGUUACUCCCUUCCUACUCUGCAUCCUGUUUUAAGGCCCAGCCCUAUGGGGGUUCCUGUGUGUAGCUGACUAUUCAUGCAUUGCAUAAAGCUGGCUUUUCACAUAAAGUUAAACCAGACAUGUUGCCAUAUUCCAUUCUUACAGACAGAUGCCUCCCUCUGGAGUUGCGGUUGAGUGACAUCUCUAUACAUUGUAGCAUAGAACAAUUAUUUAAGUGAUAUUUAAGUGAAUAUGUUUACAGUUUUUGUAUAUAUGGAUCUCUCUUCUGAAAGAACAAUCCAUGAUUGUGUAUUUUUAGUGUCCCAUAUUCUGACUGCAACUUCUUUACAAUAAAGAUUGUAAAUGCGUUGACUGUGA